UGAUCGAAUGUUCGCGCACCUGGUCGUUUCCAACAUGAAAUAGCAACUUUACUGUGACGUCAGAUAGUCACGUGACGGGCAGUACGCCAGCUCAGUCUCCACAGGGCUGUUCGUGAGGCAACAAUCGUUACAUAUCGAGACAUUGAUCGAAGUAAUCUGACAGCACUAGGAGCUUGAAUCUAUCUCGUGGCCAGGAUGCCACCUCUCACAAUGAACGGAGACAUGAAGUCCACGCUACAGGACUACAUCAGCAAGAACAAGGUCAUGAUCUUCAGCAAAGCAACAUGUCCAUACUGUCGAAAGGUGAAGAAGUUGUUCAACACCCUGACUGUUGAAUACACAGCUCUUGAAAUAGACGAGUUAGACAAUAUGAGCGCUAUCCAGACUGGCCUGUUUGAGAUGACAGGACAGAAAACCGUGCCUAACGUAUUCAUCAAUGGAAACCAUAUUGGUGGAUGUGACUCGGUACUGAAGCUCCACCGUAACAGCAAGCUGAUGGAGCUGGUGUCAACACCAAGCGUCACCUAUGAGUAUGAUCUGGUUGUGAUAGGAGGAGGUUCAGGUGGACUUGCUGCCUCGAAGGAAGCAGCACAGCUGGGAAAGAAAGUGGCGCUUCUGGAUUUUGUGAAACCAAGUCCUCAGGGAACGGCAUGGGGAUUGGGAGGAACAUGUGUAAAUGUUGGCUGCAUCCCAAAGAAGCUGAUGCACCGGGCGUCGAUGCUAGGUGAGGAACAUGAAGAUGCCAAGAAGUUUGGUUGGGACUACGGGAAACACAGUCACAAGUGGGACGUCAUGAGGGACGGUAUUCAGGAUUACAUCGGCUCCCUCAACUGGGGUUACCGGGUGCAGCUGCGAGACAAGAAUGUCACCUACAUCAACGGAUAUGGUGAAAUAAUUACACCUCACAAGAUCAAGGCGACAAACAAACGUGGGAAAGUGCAGGAAUUAACCACAGAGACCAUCAUCAUCGCAACAGGGGAACGACCUCGCUUUCCUGACAUCCCUGGAGUCAAGGAGUACAGUAUAACAAGUGAUGAUCUCUUCUCCCUGCCAUACUGUCCCGGCAAGACGCUGUGUGUUGGAGCCUCGUAUGUGUCACUAGAGUGCGCUGGGUUCCUCCAUGGUCUGGGGCUGGACACAACAGUCAUGGUGCGGUCGAUCCUCCUACGAGGGUUUGACCAACAGAUGGCAGAGAAAAUCGGUGACUACAUGGAGAAAAGCGGGCUGAAGUUCAUCUACAACGCUGUUCCACAGAAGAUAGAGCGGCUAGAAGAGGGCACACCGGGGAGGUACAGAGUUACUGCCCUUGGACGUGAGGGCCAGGAGAUCGUGGAGGAGUACAAUACCAUCCUGUAUGCUAUUGGCCGAGACCCAUGUACAUCAGGCAUUGGACUGGAGAAUGCUGGUGUUAAGCUCAACCCAAAAAAUGGGCGUGUAAUCUGUGAUGACCGGGAACAGACCAGUGUCCCCAACAUCUACGCCAUUGGUGAUAUUGUUGACGGUAAACUGCAGCUGACCCCCGUGGCCAUCCAGGCAGGGAAACUCCUGGCCCGGAGAUUGUAUGAUGAAUCCAAAGUCCUGUGUGACUAUGUCAACGUAGCAACCACAGUCUUCACCCCGUUGGAGUACGGAGCCAUUGGGUACGCAGAGGAAGAUGCCAUUGACAAAUUUGGAGCUGAAGACAUUGAGGUAUACCAUUCUAACUUCCGUCCACUGGAAUGGACGGUACCAGGCCGGUCAGAAAAUGCCUGUUAUGCAAAGCUCAUCUGCCGCUUGAGUGAAAAUGAGAAAGUCAUAGGAUUCCACGUUAUUGGACCUAAUGCAGGGGAGAUAACUCAAGGAUAUGCAAUUGCUAUGAAGAAGGGAGCUACAAAAGAAGACUUUAACAAUGCAAUAGGCAUUCAUCCAACAUGCUCGGAGAUUUUCACGACGAUGGAUGUGACGAAAAGAAGCGGGCAGGACUCCGCCGUAUCUGGCUGCUGAGGUUAAUUCCCUGCUGCUAGUGUCUCUCGCUCCUAACACUGUACCUGCAGACUGCAUCAGAAACCUGGCUUACUGAACAUAUUCACUUGAUACUAAUGAUAAUGAUGAUAAUUCAUACAUUUAUAGAGCACAGCAAUUUACAAUUAUGAUGUGCUCUGUGCACAAGCAGAAAUUUUAUCACUUGAACUUGUAGUAUUGAUCAAACAAGUUUGUCUUUAGCUGUUAUUUGAAUGAUGAGACAGUGGUAGGAGUUUUUAUAGUAUCUGGAUAACAGUUCCAAUUAAACGCAGCUAUAAAACAUCUUUUUUCAAAAAGAAGGACUGCAAUGCACUAGAUUGGAAGGAAAUAGUUGAACAGAAACAAGUUAAUAUUAAUUAGAGUUAAUAUAUUCAGGCAGUUUUUCUGAUUUGUUACUGUUAUUUGUUUCAUGAGUAGACAAAUUACUCAAGCACAAACGUUCAGUAUAACAUCUAUGGUAUUAGAUGCAGGACAUGUAGGUAUUUGGAGUUUGAGAGACCAUCAGCAGGGGAGAUAACUCGCUUGUGUGAAGACAGAGGGCGUUAGUGUGGCGCCAUUAUGACAGCCAACAUCAUAAACCCAACAGGGCGAUGUGGCUUGACCACUCUGUCAACACACAGGCACAGACGAACAGAAUGUAUUGACGUCUGCGAAUGCGUUUGAAGACGUCUGCUACCUGUUUGAGAUCAGACAUUUGAUUGACAUCAAUGUGUUUUUGUACAGAUACUGUUUAUAAGUUAAUGUGUCUUUGGAUGAACUCUGAAUUUUGUACAUACAUGUAUAAGAAUGUCCCAUUGUCUUUAAGUCCAUGUUGAUUGUCUGUGAUAGAACUAGUCCAUCUGACAACAACAAAGCAAUGAUAAUCUGUGUCCAAACCUGCCAACAAGUUCGGACAUUGCUCUGUUUUCAAAUAACAAUAGGAACUGUUUCAGUAUCGAGGAGUCGAGAUUUGUCUAUGCAAAUGUUUUCUUUGUAAAUCUUCUUUAAUUGCUAAGUCAACAGCUUUUCAAGAUAAAGAUCUGAUGUAAAGAGCAAUAUUUCAUGAUGAGAAUUAAUGCUUUCAGCUUCUUCGCAAAACAUGGUUGUAUUGAAAACUAGAAGACAUUUGCCAAUAAUAUCCUUAUUUUCACGUCUGAUUAGCUGUUAUCAUGACACACACUGAGCUAUAAAUGUGGUCAUUCUGCAUAGAAAAAAAGAGCUAAAUAUUACAUUACUAUCAACUAUAGCAGCUUAUGAUAUCAAGUACCAAAAAUCGGAACGAUGUAAUUUAUGACAUGUCAAUGUUAAGAUGUCAAUGGCAAUCUAUCCAUAUGUUAAACAUACAGUGCUAUUUAGUUUCCAGCUGUAAUAUUAUGGCAAAAUUGUAUUAUCUCAGAUUAAUAUUGUUACAUGAAGGGUUUUUUUACUGCUAGGAAGACAAGACAUAUUUUUGCCACAUCUAAGAAUUGUACACUGUAUCUCACCUAUUUGUGAAUAAAGAUUCAUGAAUA